AUGUCUACUAACAGCUCUGCGUAUGCAUGGAGGUCUCUACCAGAGGCAGUCAGUCCGGCUCUGAAGAAGUUGAACCAACUGUUGGAUAAUGACCCCCAAUGGCAAGCAUUCAUCCACACCGAGGGCAUCCAUAAUCCGGUAACAAUGGGCGUUCACUCGACCGGCUCAGAUGAUGCUAUCCUAGUGUCUGCCGAGCCUGGUUCACGAACUACAGUGUCCAUCGGCCGAUCUUCACAGGCCGAGUUUGCCCUAGUGGCCCAGCCUGAACACUGGGAGAGUUUCUUUUCUGCAUCUCCCAAAGCUCCUUACACUAGCUUUGUUGGCAUUUAA